CUAGACAGAUUCGUCAGCAGGCACAAGACUUCUUUGAACUUGUUGGAGAUUGAUUCAGUGCAAAUCUUUCGCCAUCGUUCUGGUCCUGAGAGCCGGACCCCUUCAUGAUUUGAUCGUUCUGGAGUAUCUGAAGAAGAAAAUAAUUUUCGUAAAUAUUUAAUAGCAGCGAUUGCGAAAGUUGCCUUGUAAUUAAUGUCCUCAAGGAACACCUGUCCCAUGUGGAAAAGUUGAUUGGGGCCAGACUGAGCCCUAACUAUAUUGCCUAAUUGAUAGUUGGGCCCCAAUUGUGCAGCCCAAUCAAUGAUCAACCGGGCUACUGUCUGCGAUGUAUCGUUCAGCCCAACGAAUAACAAGCUUGAACGGACUCGACUACAAGAAAAAAUGGCGUUCGCAACUGCUUUAGUGCAGACGACAGAGUCCGUAUGCGGCGUUCCGACUCACGCAGCCGCACACGUUAACCAAUGCAGAUCACAAAUUGGCGAUCCUGCCAGGAUUUUUCACAUCCACCAACAUUGUAAGACCCUCAUUGUUGGGAAAACUGAAAAGAACCCGAAACUGAUAAGGAAGGUUCUUCCACGAGACCCGCUGGACAACAGGAGCUGGACGAUAAUCAUCCUGUUGGGAGACUGGAUUGGAAAAGAUCAAGGAAAUGAAAAGUAUAACGCUGUUGUCAUUCUGGAUUUGGGCAACCGAAGGAGCAUACCGGAUACAACCGCUGGUCUCACCAAUCAUCAAGGAGGAGCUGUUCAAGGCCCAGCUCUACCACGAGACAUGGGACACCGUGUACUUCAUAAAUCUUACAGAAAUUGGGCAGGACGCUUUCCAGCUAGUCAACUACACAAGAGAAAUGAAGAAGAUAUGUGAAACUCUACAGGGUGUAACAUGUA